GAGCUCCGUGCCGGGGGAAGGGAAGCCGAGGCGACCCGCCACCGCCCCGCGGCGGGAGGGGCUGGUGGAGCCCUGGGAGUCGGAGCAGCUUCAGGUUUCCUCCUGGAGCCGGUGUCGGGCGCGGCGGACGGGCCUCGCCUUGUGAUGCGGCGGCUGCCAGCCGUGGAGGCCUGGAGAUGCAGAAGCCAUGGAGCUGAGCUGCAGUGAAGUGCCUCUUUAUGGGCAGAUGACAGUCUAUGCAAAGUUUGGCAAAAAUGUUUAUCUUCCUGAAGAUGCUGAGUUUUACUUUAUUUAUGAUGGAUCUCACCAGAGACACGUUGUAAUUGCAGAGCGCAUCGAAGAUAACGUUCUCCAAUCCAGAAUUCCAGGCCACCGGCUUCAGGAGACGGUGACGGUGUCUGUGUGCCUCUGCUCGGAGGGCUACUCCCCGGUGACCAUGGGCUCUGGCUCAGUGACCUACGUGGACAACAUGGCCUGCAGGCUGGCCCGGUUGCUGGUUACCCAGGCUGAUCGCCUCACAGCCUGUAGCCACCAGAGCCUGCUCACCCCAUUUGCCCUGACGGUGGCAGCGCUACCUGCUUUGGAUGAGGAGCUGGUGCUGGCUCUGACCCAGCUGGAGCUGCCCACAGGGUGGACUGUGUUGGGAAGUUCUUCACUUGAAGUAUCUCUACACAGAGAGUCUCUUCUACACCUUGCUGUGAGAUGGGGCCUGGCUAAGCUUUCCCACUUUCUCCUGUGUCUUCCUGGGGGAGUCCAGGCUUUGGCGUUACCCAAUGAAGAGGGUGCCACACCACUGGACUUAGCUUCACAUGGUGGACAUUCCAGGCUGGUGGAAGACAUCACAAAUUUUCAGGACAAAUGUUUCCCAGGCUUCUCCCGAGUUCGGCUCAGUGAAGACGCCUCCCUGCAAUACAUCCACUCAUCAGAAACACUGACUCUGACCCUUAACCACACAGCUGGGCAUUUGUUGGAGGCAGAUAUUAAACUCUUCCGAAAAUACUUCUGGGACAGAGCCUUUCUUGUCAAGGCUCUUGAGCAAGAAGCAAGGCCAGAGGAAAGACCAACUAUGCCCUCCCGAGCUACAGAAACUGAAGAAGAGAUUAAGAAUUUGGGGUCCAGCAGAUCGCCACCAGAAAAGGAGGAUGUAAAGUGUGUUAAAAGUCUAGUGGUUCAACUGAACGAACAUGAAGACCAGGAGAACGUGGAUUUGGAUCGCUCCUUUGAUGUCCUCAAAACAUCCAAGCACUCCCCGACGUUCCUUGCGGCAGGCCGACUUUCCGACAUGCUGAAUGGGGGUGAAGUCUAUGCUAACUGCAUGGUGAUUGAUCAGGUUGGAGAUUUGGAUAUCAAUUAUAUUAACAUAGAGGGAAUCUCUGCCCACACCAGCCCUGAAACCAUGGGUUCCUCUCUGGAGCCUCAGAGCUGCAAGCAAAUCCUUCCUACUGACACCAGCCCCAGUAGGUACCCGCUAAGGGAGAACAGCGAAGUGACAGCAGAUACAGAAGCCCAGCAGUCUUUCAUAUCACCGACUGGUUCCUGCACUUCCAAUUUGAAUAUUUCUUUUGGUCUUCAUGGACUUGAAAAGGAACAAAGUCAUCUACAGAAAAGAAGUUCUAGCCUUGAUGCCCUGGUGGCCGACGGUGAAGGGGACGGGCAUUCUGAGCAGCCGCACAUUUGCUACACACCAGUGUCUCAGAGUUCCUCAAGAACUGGGAUUCCUAGUGGCGAUGAACUGGACUCUUUUGAGACCAAUACUGAACCAGAUUUCAAUAUCUCCAGAACUGAAUCCCUUUCUCUGUCAAGUAAUCUUCAGCUGAAGGAAUCCUUGCUUUCUGGAAUCCGCUCACGUUCUUACUCUUGCUCAUCACCCAAAAUUUCCUUAGGAAAAACUCGGCUGGUGCGUGAUUUUACAGUGUGCAAUUCAAGUGAAGAGCAAAGAGCUUACAGCUUACCGGAGCCACCAGGAGAAAAAAGAAUUCAAGAAGAGGAAUGGGAUAAAUACAUCAUCCCUGCCAAAUCAGAGACUGAAAAAUAUAAAGUGAGCCGAACUUUCAGCUUCCUCAUGAAUAGGAUGACUAGCCCUCGGAAUAAAUCCAAGAUGAAAAACAAGGAUGCCAAAGACAAAGAGAAGCUGAAUCGACAUCAGUUUGUCCCAGGAACAUUCUCUGGGGUUCUGCAGUGUUCAGCUUGUGAUAAAACGCUCCAGGGGAAAGAGUCAUUCCAGUGCUCCAACUGUAAUGCAAAUGUACAUAAGAGUUGUAAAGAUGCCAUGCCUCCAUGCACCAAGAAAUUCCAAGAGAAAUAUAACAAGAACAAACCACAGACCAUCCAUGGAAGUUCUUCAGUAAGAGACAUCCCCCAGCCUGGGCUGUCUCUGCACCCUUCGUCCUCCAUGCCUAUCGGAUUGCCAGCUGGAAGGAAGGACACUGCAGGGCAUGUCCAUCCAUUGUCCAGAAGUGUUCCAGGCACCACAUUGGAAAGUUUCAGGAGAUCAGGGACAUCCUUGGAGUCUGAAGGUGACAGUAACAACUGGCGAAGCAGGUCUCACUCCGAUGAACUGCUACAGUCCAUGGGCUCUUCUCCCUCCACAGAGUCUUUCAUGAUGGAAGAUGUUGUGGAUUCUUCUCUGUGGAGUGACCUCAGCAAUGAUGCCCAGGAGUUUGAAGCAGAAUCCUGGAGUCUUGUGGUGGAUCCUUCAUUUUGCAGUAAGCAGGAGAAGGAUGUCAUUAAAAGACAGGACGUCAUUUUUGAGCUAAUGCAAACAGAAAUGCAUCACAUCCAGACCCUGCUCAUCAUGUCUGAGAUCUUCAGGAAAGGCAUGAAGGAGGAACUGCAGCUGGACCACAGCACUGUGGAUAAAAUCUUCCCCUGUUUAGAUGAGCUGCUCGAAAUCCACAGGCAUUUCUUCUACUGUAUGAAGGAACGCAGGCAGGAAUCCUGUAUUGACAAUGACAGGAAUUUUGUAAUCAACCAAAUUGGAGAUAUUUUGGUACAACAGUUUUCAGAAGAAAAUGCAAGUAAGAUGAAGAAAAUAUAUGGUGAAUUCUGUAGCCACCACAAAGAAGCUGUUAGCCUCUUUAAAGAACUCCAGCAGAAUAAAAAGUUUCAGAAUUUUAUCAAGCUCCGAAAUAGUAAUCUUUUGGCUCGUCGCCGAGGAAUUCCAGAAUGCAUUCUUCUGGUCACUCAGCGCAUCACAAAAUAUCCUGUCUUGGUGGAAAGGAUAUUGCAGUACACCAAGGAAAGAACUGAAGAACAUAAAGACUUAUGCAAAGCCCUUUGCUUAAUUAAAGACAUGAUUGCAGCUGUGGAUCUAAAAGUCAACGAAUAUGAGAAAAACCAGAAAUGGCUUGAGAUCCUAAGUAAGAUCGAAAACAAAACAUACACAAAGCUCAAAAAUGGUCACGUUUUUAGAAAGCAGGCCCUGAUGAAUACAGAGCGGACUCUGCUGUAUGAUGGCCUCGUUUACUGGAAAACCGCCACGGGACGUUUCAAAGAUAUCCUAGCUCUACUUCUAACUGAUGUGCUGCUCUUUUUACAAGAAAAAGACCAGAAAUACAUCUUUGCAGCUGUCGAUCAGAAGCCAUCCGUUAUUUCCCUUCAGAAGCUUAUUGCUAGAGAAGUUGCUAAUGAGGAGAGGGGAAUGUUUCUGAUCAGUGCUUCUUCAGCUGGUCCUGAGAUGUAUGAAAUUCACACCAAUUCCAAGGAGGAACGAAAUAACUGGAUGAGGCGGAUCCAGCAGGCAGUAGAAAGUUGCCCGGAAGAAGAAGGGGGAAGGACAAGUGAAUCCGAUGAAGAGAGGCGGAAAGCUGAAGCCAGAGUGGCCAGAAUUCAGCAAUGUCAAGAAAUACUCAGUAACCAAGACCAACAAAUUUGCACAUAUUUGGAGGAAAAGCUGCACAUCUAUGCUGAACUGGGGGAACUCAGUGGCUUUGAGGAUGUUCAUCUAGAACCCCACCUCCUCAUUAAGCCUGACCCAGGAGAGCCUCCCCAGGCCGCCUCUUUACUGGCAGCAGCACUGAAAGAAGCAGAGAGUCUGCAAGUUGCAGUGAAGGUUUCACAGAUGGGCGAUGCAAGUCAGCCAUCUGAGGAAGGUGGUGGAGAAGCCGUCUCUGUGGACACACUCAGUUCUGAAGAUGUACCAGGACCGCCCACUGCUUCACUAGACACAGAAGGGACAGAAGGAAGAGGCUGUUGGGAUGUGGAUCCCAGGAUCCAGGGUGUGGUAACCGACUUGGCGGUCUCUGAUGCAGGGGAGAAGGUAGAAUAUAGAAGUUUUCCAGGAUCUUCACAGUCAGAGAUUAUACAAGCUAUACAGAAUUUAACCCGUCUCUUAUAUAGCCUUCAGGCCGCCUUGACCAUUCAGGAUAGCCACAUCGAAAUCCACAAGAUGGUCCUCCAGCAGCAGGAGAGCCUGACCCCCAGCCACUCUUUGCGAGGCGGCCCCUUUCAGGACCAGGAAAAGUCCCGCAACCUGGAGAAGCAGCGUGAGGAACUGGCUAACAUCCACAAGCUUCAACACCAGUUCCAGCAGGAACAGCGGCGCUGGCACCGCAGGUGUGACCAGCAGCAGCGGGAGCAGGAGGCCAAGGAGAGCUGGCUGCAGGCGCGGGAGCGGGAGUGCCAGUCACAGGAGGAACUGCUGCUGAAGAACCGCAGCGAGCUGGACCAUCAGCUCCAGGAGUACCAGCAAAACCUGGAGCGGCUGAGGGAGGGUCAGAGGAUGGUGGAGAGGGAGAGAGAGAGCAUGCGCGCCCAACAGGGCCAGCCGUGCCCCUGGAAGCACAGCCGGCAGAGCAGCCUUCCCGCAGCCUUUCCACCAGGAUGCAAGGAGGUAAUGGAACUUAAUCGAUCUGAGGGUUUGCGUCCUGAAAAUUCACUCCUCAUUCAUGAAACUUUAGUACAAAUGUCACUUAACACUUUCAGUAAAUCAAGUCCAUCCGGCAUCCACAAGGAUGCAACUUACCCCCCAAAUAUGUCUAAUUCCGAUUUGGUAAGGACUAGUGAAAGUCAAGUAGACUUGAAGACGGAUGUUUCUCAGCCUUCAGAUGUCAACCAUGAACUAUGGACAGCCGUUGGGCCCUGUCAUCAGAUACCUCCUCUCCACGAAAGCAGCAAGGAUUCUUGUAAAUAUGAUCUGGACACCUCCCGAACUGAGUCCCCAACCCCACAGGACACAAAUCCACACCACCAUCAGUCACAGACAUUUAUAGCAGAAGCAAAGUUAAAUCUACAGACAAUGGCCAGACAAGAUGGGGAAGCUGGAGAUGGAGCUGAAGAAAAUAUUGUUUACCUCUAAUUGUGUUGUCAUUAUUUUUCCAAACAAACAAAAUCACUAGCACUUUUGAGAGAACCUAUUUUUUCCCUUUCCUUAUGUGUGUGAUUGUGCCCAAAUUGCUUUAUGAAUAUUUACUAUUUCAUGCAAAUUCAUUUUUUUUGCAUGAGUCUAAUAAUUAAAUUAUUGAAAACA